AUGACAUCCUGGGCCCCCGCGCGGCCGGCUUUGAGGGCCCUGGCUUCAUCAUCGCCAGUAACUCCCGCUCGGGCUUUCAGCACAACGCUCCCUCAGCAGACCAAGACGAUCAAGUCACACCUUCUACCUGGCCGUCUCAUUCCUCCGUAUCCCUAUGGCGAGCGUCAAGUCUAUAAGCAAUCCAACAAGGGUCUUUAUGGCUCCGCAAGAAUUCGAUUCGGUAACACUGUUGCGGAGAAAUACAACAACAAGGCCCGCCGCUUCUGGCGCCCGAACGUCCACGUCAAGGUUUUCAAGCUACCCGCCCUCAAUGCCAACGUCAAGACCCGUCUUACACUCCGCGUUCUCAAAACCAUCCGUCGCGAGGGUGGCCUCCAGGAAUACCUACUCAAAAGCAAGCCCGCCAGGAUAAAGGAGCUCGGCCCCGGUGGCUGGAACUUGAGGUGGCUUCUUAUGCAAUCCAAGGAUAUUCAGAAGAAAUUCAACGCCGAGCGUGUUGCACUGGGCAUGGAGCCCAAAGAAAUCGAGGAUAGAGACGAUAUCAUCCAAUAUGCGCUCGAUGUCGCCACACCCGGUCCCUUGAGCAAACGCAGUCAGGCGACCCGGGGCGAACUUAUGGCACAGGAGUUUGUGUUGGGCGAAGAGGACCUGGCCGAUUUGGAGGGCAUUGAAGAACUAUCAGAUGAAGAUGAGGCAUUGCUGCUCAAGGAGUUGGAAAACGCGGAGGCCGGUUCCGAGACGACAUCGAAGGACACGCAAAGGAUAUCAGUGUAA